AUGGGAAGCGCAGGCGUACCGAAUACCAUCAUCUGGUGCGGCAGUGAUGCCGGCCUCCAGCCGCCGAGAUCCACCCAGCUGCAUGCGGAGAGUCACCACCUGGCGCAGCAGGAUCAGGAACAGCACCACCAGGAGGAUAUGCAGCAGCAGCAACAGCAACAGCAACAGCAGCAGGAUCAGGCGCCGGCGGAAGAGCAGGAUUCGAAGGCGGUGAACAGCGAGGAUGGUGUCGCCAAUCAGGACACGUCCGCCGGUUCCAGCCAGGAUCAGGAUGGGGAUCAGGCCCAGGACUCCGCCAAGAAACGCUGCGACAAGUGCGGCAAGAAGCUCGGUCUCACCGGCGGAUUUCCCUGUCGAUGUGGUGGCACCUAUUGUGCCGUCCACCGCUACAGUGACCGACAUGAAUGCAAUUUCGACUAUCGCGAAAUGGGCGCCAACGAAAUCCGGCGUGAUAAUCCCGUCGUCGUCGCCAGCAAACUCCGAAAGCUCUAGGCCCCUCCAAUCCAGGAUAUCUCCCAAUCCAAAACACAUCUGGAUAAUCCUUUAGGAGGGAUGGAUCAUCUCCAGAUAUCCAUUUUAGCCUCUUCUUUUCAGUUGCCAACUGGAUGAGAAAUUUACGGCUGGCUGAGAUUACAAAAAACACCAGUACCCAGUAAUUUGGAUUGAGGCUUACAUUAAGAACGGUUGGCAAAGUACAAAAAUAUCAGCACUUAAUAAAAACAUUCUAAGAUCAUA